GAAGCUACACACUUCGCCUGUUUUUCGUCUCUGACUUGAAUAGGCAUACGCUAUUUUUUUUUACAUACUUUAAAUAGGUUAUCAUCUUUGUUACUGGCAAGAUAAUUCUCUGAUUUGUCGUCUUUAGUUGUACUCCAUGGUAUAAUAUCACACAUCUCACAAAGGCUGGGUGCGCCACAAAACGUUUUAAUCCUCGUUUGGUUCAGUGUCAAACUUAUGAAAUAGGAAACGGGACAAAAACACGACUUUAGGAUAUCCUCAUUUAAUGCUACCUUAAAAAAAUAAACGGCGAUAUACUCAGUGGUGAAAGGGGCGAAGGUAGAAGUCAUGAAUCCAGACGCUUCCAAGCGUAGAGGACACUUUCAGUUAUACUGCUUGCGCGGUGAAAUGUGCUGUCUGCGUAUUUUUGUUAUUUUUUCCCUUGUGGCAACAACAUGGGCUAUGUACGAUCCGGACGAGGUGAUAAACCUGCCGGGAAUGUCUUUCACACCAAAUUAUCGGCAGUGGUCGGGAUAUCUAAAAGCCAGCUCUGGAAAGUUCUUGCAUUAUUGGUUUGUGACCUCACAGAGGGAUCCCUUGGCAGAUCCAGUAGUGUUAUGGCUUAAUGGCGGGCCUGGCUGCAGCUCACUGGAUGGCUUUCUGUCUGAGAAUGGCCCCUUUCAUGUCAACGAUGAUGGAGCCACCCUUUAUAAGAAUGAAUUCAGCUGGAAUAGGAUCGCUAACAUGCUUUAUCUUGAGUCUCCUGCUGGAGUAGGGUACUCUUAUUCAGAUGACAAGCAGUAUGCAACUAAUGAUGAUCAGGUGGCAGAGGACAACUAUCUGGCAUUGCAGAGCUUCUUUACCAAGUUUCCAAAUUUUACCCAAAAUGAGUUUUUUAUUUUUGGUGAGAGCUAUGGAGGCAUUUAUGCUCCUACACUUAGCCUGCAAAUAGCCCUGGGAGGAAAACUCAAAGUGAACUUUCAGGGCUUUGCAGUUGGGAAUGGUAUUGGCAGCUUUGCUCUGAAUGACCAGUCACUCAUCUACUUUGGUUACUACCAUGGCCUGUUUGGAGAAGAGCUGUGGAAGGACUUAAAUGAAAACUGUUGCAAGGAUGGAGUCUGUAACUUCUAUAACAACAGUGAAGAACAUUGCUCUGUUUCGGUAGCGCAGGCAUUUGGCAUUGUCUAUAGUUCUGGAUUGAAUGAAUAUGCUCUCUAUCUGGAUUGUGCGGGUGGGUUCAGAUCUCACAGAUCCUAUGAAAGAACAAUGCUCCACCUUUACAAGAACUACAGGGAACACUGGAAGAUCAGUAAUCUGACAGAAAAUCAUCCUAUAGUUGGUGUAGUGCCUCCAUGCAUCAAUAGCACAGCUCAAAUGAACUGGCUAAACCGAGGAGAUGUUAGGAAGGCCCUACACAUCCCUGACAUACUGCCACCAUGGGACAUCUGCAGUGAUGUGGUUGGGAGCCAUUAUCAGAUUCUCUACUCUACAGUUAAAAUUGUAUAUGAGAAGCUCUUAGCUUUAGGUCUGAGAGCACUGGUCUAUAAUGGAGACACAGAUAUGGCCUGCAACUUCCUUGGAGACCAGUGGUUUGUUGAACAGCUUGGACAGAAACCAACAGUGAAGUAUCAGCACUGGCUAUUUGAAGAUCAGAUUGCUGGAUUUUAUCAGCAAAUGGGCAACAUCACUUUUCUCACAGUCAAGGGUGCUGGUCACAUGGUUCCUCAGUGGGCUCCAGGUCCUGCAUUUCACUUGUUUCAGAGCUUUCUGUCCAACAGUCCAUAUUAACCUUAUUCCAGACUACCCUGCAGUGGGGUCUAAAGAGUGCACAGAAUAUCUCAAAUUCACCCUGUGAUCUGUGAAUUGCAUCUUGUAAAUUUACUCAGGGAUUUUGUGUAUAAUUAAAGAAAUGCUUAUUUUUGUUAAUGUAAUUUCGAUCAAGUUUUAUUACUGAUAGAAAGCUUUCAGGCUUGGGUUUAUAACUUUUUUUUUUUUUUUUGCAAAAGAUUUUAAAAAGGAAUAUUGCACUUUGAUAAGACAACGAUGCUCUGAGCAUACAAAUAAUAAACACGAAAGCAUUUAUCACGACUAAA